AAAAUUUCUGACUACAUGGACAGAGCAGAAGACAUAAAGAAGUUUUUGGAGCAAGAAAAAGAAGAUGGAAAAUACCACAAGCAAAUUAAAAUAGAAGAGAAUGCAACAGGCUUUAGUUAUGAGUCACUUUUUCAACAAUACCUUAAUGCAGCUGUGACUGAAAUAUGGAUAGAAGAUCCUUAUAUUAGACAUACUCACCAGCUAAACUUUAUAUACAACUUUCUUCGAUUCUGUGAGAUGCUUGUUAAGCAACCAUGUAAAGUGAAAACUAUUCAUCUUCUUACUUCUAUGGAUGAAGGCAGUGGGAAGGGUCAGCAGACCAGUGGCCUGGAAGAAAUAAAAGAGUCACUUAGUCAGCAUGGAAUAGAGCUGGAAAUAGAAUUCUCUUCUUCAAUACAUGACCGAGAAAUUAGGUUCAACAAUGGAUGGAUGAUUACGAUUGGAAGGGGACUUGAUUAUUUUAAGAAACCACAGGGGCGUUUUACACUCGGGUAUUGUGAUUUUGACCUGAGACUGUGUCAUGAAACCACAGUGGACAUUUUUCAUACUAGGCACACAAAGAAAAUAUGA